AUGGCAUCUUCCUCGCUGAACAUGUCAGCCCCGGCGAUAGGGGAAAGUCAGCUUCGUAACCAGAAGUCGAAGCCAGCAAGCCGAGAUGAGUCUGAACUUCUCACUGUUCCUGAUGGAUGGAAAGAACCAGCAUUUUCCAAAGAAGACAAUCCCAGAGGACUCUUGGAAGAGAGCAGUUUUGCAACAUUGUUUCCAAAAUACAGAGAGGCUUACCUGAAAGAAUGCUGGCCUUUGGUACAAAAAGCCCUGAAUGAACAUCAUGUUAAUGCAACAUUGGACCUGAUUGAAGGCAGCAUGACUGUUUGCACAACCAAGAAGACUUUUGAUCCCUAUAUCAUCAUUAGGGCCAGAGACCUAAUAAAACUUUUAGCAAGGAGUGUUGCUUUUGAGCAGGCAGUACGCAUUCUUCAGGAUGAUGUUGCAUGUGACAUCAUUAAAAUAGGUUCUUUGGUACGAAAUAAAGAAAGGUUUGUAAAAAGAAGACAACGACUUAUUGGUCCCAAGGGAUCUACUUUGAAGGCAUUAGAACUUUUAACAAACUGUUAUGUUAUGGUUCAAGGAAACACAGUUUCAGCCAUUGGCCCCUUUAAUGGCUUAAAAGAGGUUCGGAAAGUGGUCCUAGAUACUAUGAAGAAUAUUCAUCCAAUAUAUAACAUUAAAACCUUGAUGAUUAAACGAGAAUUGGCAAAAGAUUCUGAAUUAAGAUCACAAAGUUGGGAAAGAUUUCUACCACAGUUCAAACACAAAAAUGUGAAUAAACGCAAGGAACCAAAGAAAAAAUCUGUUAAGAAAGCUUAUACACCAUUCCCACCACCCCAGCCGGAAAGUCAGAUUGACAAAGAAUUGGCUAGUGGUGAAUACUUUUUGAAGGCAAGUCAGAGGAAGCGACAGAAAAUGGAAGCUGUAAAGGCAAAACAGGCAGAAGCUCUCAGUAAGAGACAAGAGGAAAGAAACAAAGCUUUUAUUCCACCUAAGGAAAAGCCAGUUGUGAAGCCUAAGGAAGCUUCUACUGAAACUAAAAUUGAUGUGGCUGCCAUCAAGGAAAAGGUUAAGAAGGCAAAGAAUAAGAAACUGGGAGCACUUACAGCUGAAGAACUUAAGCUUAAGAUGGAAACAAAGGAAAAGAAGAAAAAGUAA